CAGAUUUCUUUCAGUGUCGAUCUGAACUGUCAAUUUGUCAUGUGGCUAUUAUUUGUGAAUUGAUUUUGUGUUACUUAUUAUUGAAAGAGCCGUAUCUUGAUUAUAUUUCAUUAUGAUUCGAAGAUGCUUAAUUCUUCCGCUGAGGAAUGGUAUUUCAGUCUGCCGUAACAAUUCAACUGCCGUAGCAGAACAAGCGGAGUCCACACAAGAAAGCAAUACACCAGCAAAAAAUCCGCUUGAUCAUCCAGACUACUUUCAAGUGCAUAACCUCUUUACUGUCAAAGAUCUAUUUGAUGCAAGAGUUCAUUUUGGGCAUAAAGAAGGAUCACUAAAUGAAUUUAUGACACCUUAUAUUUAUGGUUCAAGGCAGGGACAUCUGAUAUUUGAUUUAGAUAUAACUGCAGAACAUUUGCGCAAAGCCCUUAAUUUUACAGCCCAUAUUGCAUACAGAGGAGGAAUUGUCUGCUUUUUUAAUAGAAAUGCAUUAAAUGCUCACUUAGUAGAAAAAACUGCAAUGGAAUGUGGUGAAUAUGCUCAUACAAGGUUUUGGAGAGGAGGCAUCUUUACAAAUGCAAAUCACCAGUUUGGUGCAAUUACUAGAUUACCUGAUCUCUGUAUAUUUUUGAAUACCCAGAAUAAUAUUCUUAAUCAACAUACGGCAGUAAGAGAUAGUGCAAAACUAUUAAUACCUACUAUUGGGAUAGUGGAUUCUAACUGUAAUCCAAAUUUGAUAACCUAUCCUGUUCCUGGAAACGAUGACACUCCAGUAGCCAUUGAAUUAUACUGUAAACUUUUUAAAGCUGCUAUUACAAGAGGAAAAGAGGCAAGAAUGAAAUUUUUGCAAGAGAACAAUUAACAAAGAUAAUUUUAUUAAACAUUUAUUAUAAACAACAAUUGAAACAUAUAGAAUAGGAAAAUAAUUUGUUUUGUAAACAAUAACAUUAGAUAAUAUUCUUAAUUAACAAAGAUUACAUUUUUUAUUCUAAAAUGGUCCCUUAUUAUAUAUUAUAUGUGUUUUAGAUAUAAAAUGAUAAAACAAAAAUAUUUAAGAUAUACAUAUUGGCUUACAGAAAUGAAAUAUGCAAUGAUAAAUUUGAUAUGCAAUAUUUAUUUUUGUAUAAAGAUUAUUUUAGCCCAAGAGAACUUUUCUCAUCAAAUGAGAUGGUGCAUUGCUAUCUACUUCACGACUUUCCCAGCUGCCUGUGAUACAUUUAGAGCUGCAUAGAUAUUGUAGAAGGGGAAUACGGUAUCUACCACAAAAGUCGACGAACUUGAUGUGUUCCA